AUGGUGGACUUCACUGGAGCAGUAUAUAUAAAGUUGGGAAAGUUACGAAGCAGCAAAAUAGUCAAAGCGUACAUUUCGAUUUUUGUAUGCAUGUCAGUGAAAGCGGUGCAUAUUGAGUUGGUCAACGAUUUAAGUGCAGAAGCAUUUUUGGGCGCCUUGAGACGGUUCGUUGCAAGAAGAGGAGAGGUGAAAAAUAUAUACAGCGACAAUGCAACGAAUUUCACGGCCUCCAACAGGAUUCUACAAGAUUUAAGCGAGAAGGAAAGAGAUGAAUUUGAAGAGAAAAUUGCAAAUGAACUGAGUCAUAAUGGUAUAAUGUGGCAUUUCUCGCCACCAGGUGCUCCUCAUUUCAACGGACUGGUUGAAGCAGGAGUGAACACAGUCAAAACGCAUAUGGUGAAGGCAUUGGGUAACAAUAGUCUAACUUUUGAAGAGAUGACAACAUUGUUAGCACAAGUGGAGGCGGCUAUUAAUUCGCGUCCAUUAAUUGCCUUACCAUCAGAUCCAAGUGACGAAAUUUGUGCGCUUACGCCAGCACAUUUUGUCUUUAACGCGUCGCCAUCCGCAUUGCCAGACGAAGAUUUGAUGGAAAUAAAAACACGUUAUUUAACCAGAUGGAAAGUUGUACAAAAGGCGGUACAAUAA